UGUGUGUGUAUGUAUAUAUAUACAUGACAUUUGACAUUCUAUUUUUUCAAAUUAUCCCGCAUAAUACCGGAAGUUUUAUUUCCCGCGCGAAACUCAUCUGUAACGCCAUCGUAGUUAUAUACCUGUAGAGUGUAGAAUAAAUAAGGUUAGAAAAUUGAAAUUUUGUAAAAAGCCGGUGUAGAGCUGAUAUUCGACCAAUGUUAUAUCAACAAUUUAUAGAAUUGGAAUAAUCUUAAUUGAAGCAACGCAAAAAUGGAGCUCACUGACGAUAAUCUACUUACUUUAAGUGAAUAUCUGAAGCACACAUUGAAUCCUGAUGUCAAUGUUCGUCGUCCUGCUGAAAAAUCUUUGGAAGCAGUUGAGCUGAACAAAAACUAUCCAUUACUUUUAUUACAUUUAGUUGAUAAACCUGAAGUUGAUAUAACUAUAAGGAUUGCUGGAGCAAUCGCAUUUAAAAAUUAUGUCAAAAGAAAUUGGAAAAUUGAUGAUGACACUGUAGUUAGAACAGACAAAAUCCACAAAGAAGAUAGAGAGUCUAUAAAAAAACUUAUUAUAAAUUUAAUGCUUCAUUCUCCUGACUCAAUACAAAAGCAGUUAUCUGAUGCUGUGUCAGUUAUUGGUAGAUAUGAUUUUCCUGAUCAAUGGCCUGAACUUAUAGAUCAAAUGGUGGAAAAAUUUAACACGGGAGAUUUUCAUAUAAUUAAUGGAGUAUUACACACAGCACAUUCUUUGUUUAAGAGAUAUAGAUAUGAAUUUAAAAGUCAAGAUUUAUGGACAGAAAUAAAAUAUGUACUGGAUAAGUUUGCCAAACCACUUACUGAUCUUUUUUUGGCUACAAUGAAUUUGACUCAAGUACAUGCUAGUAAUAUAGAAGCAUUAAAAGUUAUUUAUAAUUCUUUGACAAUUUUGUGUAAAGUAUUUUAUUCUCUGAACUACCAGGAUUUACCAGAAUUUUUUGAAGAUAAUAUGGAAGUAUGGAUGAGCAAUUUUCACAACCUUCUUAUCGUAAAUGUACCAUCAUUACAAACAGAGGAUGAUGAAGAAGCUGGUGUUAUAGAGCAAUUAAAAUCACAAGUUUGUGAUAAUGUUUGUUUGUAUGCACAGAAAUAUGAUGAAGAGUUCCAACAAUAUUUGCCACAAUUUGUUACAGCAAUUUGGAAUUUACUGACUUCUACUGGUCAACAGCCAAAAUAUGAUUCGUUGGUGUCAAAUGCUUUACAAUUUUUGGCAACUGUAGCUGAUCGUAAUCAAUAUAGACAUCUUUUUGAAGAUCCAGCUACUCUCAGCAGUAUCUGUGAAAAAGUAAUUAUUCCAAACAUGGAAUUUAGAGAAUCUGACAAUGAACUAUUUGAGGAUAAUCCAGAAGAAUAUAUACGUCGAGAUAUUGAAGGUAGCGACGUUGAUACAAGAAGAAGAGCUGCUUGUGAUUUAGUAAAAGUGCUCUCAAAAUACUUUGAAGUAAAAAUAAUGGAAAUAUUUGGUGCAUAUAUUCAGGCUAUGCUGCAAAAUUAUGCUGCCAAGCCAACUGAGAAUUGGCGCAGCAAAGAUGCAGCAAUUUAUCUUAUUACAAGCAGCGCCAGUAAAGGUCAAACUCAAAAACAUGGUGUAACCAUAACUAGUGAUCUUGUACCCCUUCCUCAAUUUGCUGCUAACCACAUAGAACCAGAACUUGCUAAGCCCAAUGUAAACGAAUUACCUGUUUUAAAAGCAGAUGCCAUCAAGUUCAUAAUGAUUUUUAGAAAUAUCCUGCCUCCAGAACAAGUGAUUGGCAGUUUACCUCAAAUGAUUAGACAUUUAUCAGCAACAAGUCCAGUAGUGCAUAGUUAUGCUGCUUGUGCGAUUGACAAAAUUUUAGCUUUAAGAGAUAAAAAUAAUGUUACUCUAGUUAAAGCAGAAAGUAUUGCACCCCUGGCUGCUGAUUUACUCAACUGUUUAUUUAGAGUUCUUGAUUUACCAGGAGCAGAGGAAAAUGAGUACAUCAUGAGAGCCAUAAUGAAUUGUUUUGUCGUAUUGAGAGGAGCUAUAGUGCCCUUCUUAGCAGAAUUACUUCCAAAAUUAACACAAAAAAUUGCCGUUGUCGCUAGAAAUCCAAGUCGUCCUAAUUUUAAUCAUUAUCUUUUUGAAACAUUAAGUAUUUCCAUCAAAAUUGUAUGUAAAUCAAAUCCAGCAGCUAUUGCAUCAUUUGAACAAGCUCUUUUUCCUACUUUUCAAGGAAUAUUGGUUCAAGAUAUUCAAGAAUUUGUUCCAUACGUGUUCCAAAUUUUGGCCUUAUUACUGGAGCUACAAACUGGCUCAAAUGUACCCGAAACUUAUAUGGAAUUAUUUCCUUGUUUAUUAAGUCCCGUUUUAUUUGAAAGGCAAGGCAACAUACAUCCGUUAAAUAGACUUUUACAAGCCUUUGUAACCCAUGGAUCGCAUCAAAUUAUCGCACAAGAUAAAGUUAGUGGUUUGCUUGGAGUUUUUCAAAAAUUGAUGGCUUCUAAGGCAAACGAUCAUGAAGGUUUCUUACUGAUACGGGCUGUUGUUGAACAUUUUCCGCCAAACAUAUUGGAACCUUACAUGAAACACGUUUUUGUCAUACUUUUUCAAAGAUUAUCAAGCAGCAAAACAACAAAGUUUGUCCGGGGUCUCAUUGUCUUUUUCUCGUUUUAUGCCAUCCGAUAUGGAGCAAGUAAUUUAGUUACUAUUGUGGAUUCUAUUCAAUCUCAAAUGUUUGGCAUGGUGAUUGAAAGAGUAAUAAUUGCUGAUUUACAAAAGGUGUCUGAUGAAAUUGAAAGGAAGAUUGCAGCCAUUGGAAUUUCCAACAUAUUAAUUGAUUGUGCAGCUAUGCUAGAAAGUCCCUACAAUGUAUACUAUCCUCGUCUUUUGGCUUGCUUGAUUGAAUUCUUUGAAUUGCCUCAUGAUGAAACCCAGUUGCCAGAAGAUGAGCAAGUUUUAGAUGUAGAUGAUUCAUCUGGCUAUCAAGCUGCCUACAGUCAACUGAUUUUCGCAAAAAAUCAGAAGAGGGAUCCUUUAGCUUCAAUUGCAGAUGUUCGCUUACAUCUGGCACGAGGAUUAGGUAGAAUGAAACCUGGACAACUACCUCAGCUAUUAGGACAAAUACCUGAACCAAAUGCAAAUCAUCUGAGAACUUAUUUGCAAACGGCUGGGAUUACUGUUACAUAAUAUGAACUUCAAGUUCGGGGCAGGCUAAAAAUACACUUAAUGUCCCGUAAAUUUAAUAGAAUUCAAUUAAACAAAAUGUGAUUAAACAUAGAUUGGAAAAACUGAAGUUUUUAAAGAACAAAUAUACUUUUAAAUUCAUUUUAAAUAGUUGAAUACAUAAGAAAGGCAGAUUUAAACUUCAAUAUUUGUCAGAUAUUUUUGAUCAAAAGAAUUCAGUUCGUACUUUUUUGAAGUUGGAAUUUUCGAUUGUAAUUAGCUGAUAAUUUUAUUUUUUGAUUGUAUUUAUUUUUUGUGCGUCAAAUGAAUAUGGCAAGACUUAAUUUAAAAAAUUAUUUCGCUUAUGGCCAAUUUCUUUACAAGCUAAGAUAUGAAUGUAUUCCCAAAUAUUAUAUUGUUCAACAGAAUAAUAGAAUUUUGUACAUGUAUUUUUUAAAUAAUCGAAUAAUACAAUGUGUAAAAACAUUAUUUUAUUGUACAGUCAUAACUAUUUAAAACUAACGUAUUUCGUACUCAAUAUAAAAAAAAACAUAGUGUUAACAUGUUACGGAAACAAAUAAUGUCAAUUUAUGGCAAUUGGUUGAAUAAAAUAUUGAUUUUGAAUAUUGCAUAACGCAAAAGUGUGUGCGUGCGUAUGCGUGCACGCGUACGCAUGUAUGUAUGUUUCAGUAUCUAAAAUGACGAUAAAAAUAAAAUCGUUUUACUUUAAGCUUAAACGAUUCGGUCAAUAAAUUAUAAAUUUUAAACGAAUCUCCUUGCAGUGGGAUUCAGAAAAUUAAAUGACUAUUAGAUAUAUGAAUAGACUACACAAAUAACAUAGAUAAGUUGAUGACAUAAAUGAAGAUAUGGCAAUUAUAGAUUCCUGUCUGAAAGAACUCUAAAAAAAACUCAAUAAAAAGGUAAAAUUUUUUAUUUCUGCUGAGAAGUGGUCUGCAGAACUCAAUUUAAGUUAAUUUAGAUGAUAUUUUCAAAACCUUUCGAAUGAUUUUUAUAAAAUAGAUACCCUCCUAUAACAUUUCUUUAGAGUUUAUUAGAGAAACAUAAGUAAUAUUUUAUUUACUGCCAAAAUCUUUUAAUCCUGACAAAAUAUUGUAUAUUUUAUCAGGAAUAUUUGUCAUUAUAAUUUUGAAGGACAAAAUGAAUAUACUAAGAAUUUAAUGUUCAAAGGAUCGCGUUGAGAAAGCAUAGCUUGUCGAUGUAUUAGGAAGUAAUUGCCCGAGUAAGAAUAAACGGGAAUGCAUUGCAUGCUGAAAAAUAUACUUGGCAAUUGCUUUACUGCAUUUCCUUGAAAAAUUUUAAUUUGAUUCAAGAAUAAUAUAAAAAAUUGAGGGUUUCAAACGAAUUUAAUAUAAAAUAUUCGUAAUAAAUUCACCUCGUGUUGUGAUGGCGGAAGCUUCGAGUUUAGAGUUUCAAAAUAGUCCGUUUAGCUUUUGUUACUCGCCAGAUCGCAAUUCAUAAUAUAAGCUAAAAUUUUAUAUUUCAGUAAUUAUCUGAUUUUUAUCUAUAAAAAUAUUGUAAUGAAUAAAAAAACUACUAACUUUGAAAUCGUCACUUGAAGGCUUACGUUGACAACGUUUUUGCAAGCUCGAGUUUAACAUGCAUAAUUAUGUGUUCUAUGCCAUAAUUUAUUUUUUAUGAUUCUUAUAGAUAUACAAUGUUAUUGCUGUAAUAACUGUCGACAAUAUA